UUGAUCAAUAUCUUUUCCUUGACUGUUCAAAAAACAAAAUUUGGGUCACAUGUGUAAUUAAGUCUUAAUAGGGACUUGAAACCAGCCAGCAGUUACGUUGCGAUUCAGCGUUUUCCAUUUCUUAGUUUGAAGAACUUAAAGAAACCCAAAAUUAGAGAGAAAAAAGAUGAGACAAUGGAUGAACAUAGCAAAAGAAGCCAUAGCUCGAGCCUCCAUCGUCGUUAAAUUCAUCUGCUUACUCCACGUCACUGACGCCUACCUCCUGUCCUCUAGCCAUGUGUUGGGUCCUAGCAUGCUCCCAACCUUAAACACUACCGGCGAUGUCGUACUAGUCGAAAACUUGUCUCACCGGAUAGGCAAACUGGGUUCGGGUGAUUUGGUUCUGGUUCGAUCGCCGCUCGACCCUAAAAAGAGCAUAACUAAGCGCAUUAUAGCCAUGGAAGGUGAUAAAGUUACUUUCUCUGCUAGAAACCACAGUUUUCUUUCUCUUGUGGUUCCAAAGGGACAUGUUUGGAUUCAAGGGGAUAACUUGUAUGUUUCUAGAGAUUCACGGGAAUUCGGGCCUAUACCUUAUGGUCUUAUUCAAGGGAAAGUGUUUUUCAGAGUAAGUUAUGCAAUUCUAAUUGCCUUUGAAUUUGUUCCCAAUAUUGAUUUCCACUGUCUUUAUCUGUUUUGUAACGUGGGGAACAUUUAAACGUAGAGCCAUAUAAUAUAUAAUUUCUUUGGCGUCAUAAAUUUAUUUUUUGUCCAUACUUCGAUUCAGUUUACUUUCAGUUCUUGUAUAUCAUAAGAACUAGUUUUCAGUGAUUUUUGACAAGAAAUUUUUUAUGCUUAAAAUUGAGAGACAAUAGUUAACUGACUUUAACUAAAUAGGGUUUUAGCUGUGUUUUUUGUGCAAUUAACCAGUUCAAUGAUUUGGGAAUUUUUGGCUGAGACUUGAACUAUUGUAGGUGAACGGUGAUGUAAUUUUUUUCUAUGAAAGUGUCUAAAAGGGACAACAUUGGAUUCAUGUUAAAGCAGUAUACAUGGUCUGUCUUGGUAGCUUUGGUUUGAAACUUUGCAGUUAAGCUUUGUCUAUCUUGAGAAGAUUUGGAUAUGACUUAACUUGUCUCCAGAAAAAACAAAUAUUGGAUUUUCGUAAUUUUAUGCCUUUGGCUUAAUGAACUUCGCCUAAUUGCUGAAAGAAUUGAAAAUAAGGUGUAGAUUGUUGAUAAGUAAGGCUUCACUGGUAAUCUUGCAUGUGAAGAGUUUUAGAAAGUGAGUAUGUAUUGAAUACAUUAAGGUAACGUUUGAUCAGCUUGCAUUGUUCAUGAACAUGGGACAUUUAUAUUACUAUCUUUGACGUAUCUUCACUUAAAAUUGAUUGCUUGAAUGGUGGCUAAGAUGCAACAUUCACCUAGUCCUUGUAUUUAUUUUUAUAUGUCUCCUAUCACUGAUAAAUUUUUGCGAAUUGCUUGAAGCUUUUUUUCUAACCUCUUGUU